AUGGACAAGACAGGCCACCAAUUCACGCAGAAGGACAAUAUCGACGAUACACACAACUAUAACAUCAACAGCGACAAGGACACGGACCACAGAAACAAAAAGCAACGGACAACAGAAGAAAUUACCAAGAGCGAAAAUAGAUCUGAUCAAUACGAGCACAAGGAUGAUCAUGACGACGAAGAUCAGACGAAUGAGGACGACAUCGUGUUGUCAGAGGUUCACAUUCACCCUGACAAUGGUCUCGUUGACCGUAGGACCAUCACAUCAACUUUCCUUCUCUCUCGGAAAGGACAACCUAUACUGGACAGUCAACAGGGGAGCUGUUUGGACAAUAGCAUCAGCGUGAGCAAUAAUAUCAAGGUGCAGGAUGAUGAUCAAGAGAACGAUAAGGACGUGCACGAUGAGGAGCUUGACCUUUGGGACUAUGCGGUGGAAAUUAAGCACGCGAUGGGGACAGACCUCCGAGGCGUGGGGUCCCAGGUGUGGUUGGGCUGUUUUUUGCUGAUCGACUGGAUCGUGCACAUCCGGGAACUGCUUAAUGAUACAACUGUGCUUGAGAUCGGCGCAGGAACAGGACUCGCCUCCAUCGCCACCGAUCUCCUCAUUGCCGUUGACCGUGUCUACUGCACAGAUUAUGAUAACGAUAUUCUACAGAACUGCAUGGCCAACAUUGAUCUCAACUGCGCUCCUGACCAGAAAGUCAAGACUCGGAGGCUGAACUGGCUAAUGGACGACCCACUGGAAUCCAUGGAGAAUGGUGGCCAUACACCUGACCCUUUUGGCUGGUCGUCUCAAGAACGCCAGGACUGGAAAGUUAACGGCGCCUUCAUCUUCGCCGCCGAUGUAGUGUAUGAUGACUCUUUGACGGAUGCGUUGGUCGACUGCCUGGAGAAGCUACUCUCAGAGCCUUUGCCUGCCAGUCACCCACGACACUACAUUGGUCGCGUCGCCUACAUGACCAUGGAGAAGAGGUACAACUUCUCGUUGGAUGAGCUAGCAGUGGUGGCUCAGGCGUACGAGUACUUCAAGGUCCGGAUAGGGCAAUCGUCGUUGAUUGAGGCCGAGGAGAUUGAUGCAUCUACUUUGGCUCGUCACUGUGACUAUGACCGCACCAAGGACUUAGUGCUGUUCCGGAUCGGCAGCAAAGAAUAA